UUCACGUCUAAACGUCAGUGGAGGUUUUGUCCGGCCAUCGGAACUACAGUUACCACAUUGUAAGGAUAACUAAACGACUAAAGAAGAUUAGAGGAUUUUAUCUUUGUACACAGCAAGUGUGCCUUCGUCCAGCUGUCUGAUGUGGAAGGAAGCCCGUAAACAUAUCAUCAGGUACCUCGGCUUGUGGCGUCAGGUGAGGCUACCUCAGCGUUCCCCUGCCAUGUCUCCAGGACCAGCUCCCCCGACUCCCACCGGUGCCUGCAGGUUGGAGAGGCUCAUGCAAACUGUGAAAGUAACUCCUGGGGCUGUGGUAUGUCUAGAAGCAGAUUACUAUGGUGAAAUUACAAUUGGGUCUCGCACAGUUAUUCAUCCCAAAGCUCGAAUUAUAGCAGAAGCAGGACCCAUCAUUAUUGGGGAAGGGAACUUAAUUGAAGAACAGGCACAAAUAAUUAACAGAUUGCCUGAAGGCUCAGAGCCUCAGGAUCCACCACCAGUAAUGGUUAUUGGAAACAACAAUGUCUUUGAGGUGGAUAGUUACUGCCAGGCUUCCAAAAUUGGAGAUAACAACAUUUUAGAAGCUAAAAGUCACAUUGGCUGGGGUGUGGAGCUGACCCGAGGAUGCGUCAUUGGUUCCUUAUGUUCUCUUGUUUGCCCUCAAACUGUUCCUGAAAACACUGUAAUUUAUGGAGAUGAGCUUCACCGUCGAUCUCAAGCAGAGAAGCCAGCAUCUCAAGGAUUGCAAUUAGACUUCUUGACCAAGAUCCUACCAAAUUACCACCACCUUAUAAAACCUAGGAAAAAAGUUGCAGCAUAAUGACAUCAAGAUGAUCAUCACUUACAGUUUUGACUUGUGUGGAUUAUUAUAGAUGAAUGUGGCAAGGUGCUCUUCAUUUUGAAUCUUCAAGUUACUUGCAUAGGUACAGAUGAAAAAAAUAGCCCAGCUUGAUUCAGUUGAAUGCUUAUUCAGUUAUAGUCUAUGGUUAAGUGUACAUCUGAAUUAUGAAUUAAUGUUUUAUAAUUAGAGAUAUCCUAUUCUUCAGUACCUCAUCACAUUUCUUAUAUAAAUGUAAUUUUUAAAUUCAAAUUAUUAUUUUUCUCAAACUUGUAAUUUAUAUAGUUUACUGUUACAAAAUUAUGCUUGUGUAUCAGAUAUGUACCAUGAGAACAAUGUGAAUACUCCUCUUCUCAUACUGUAAUACAUGUUCAUGCUGCAGGGAAUAUAUGUGGAUGCAAAUCAAGGAUUGCAACCUUGCUGUCUAGGAGUGGCUGGCCAGCAGGUCUCACACCUUGUGUGUGUGUGUGUGUGUGUGUGUGUGUGUGUGUGUAUAGCAAGCAGAUUUUCAUUACAAGAAAUCAGAAAUUAUCUGUGCCACACCACAUAAAAGAUAAUAGGCAGGCAAGAUGGAGAGAGAAAAAAAUAGUGGUAACAAUAAAUUAAAUAAAUUGAAAGAGAAACUAAUAAAAAAAUACAUGUGGUGUUCUCAAAGUUGAUAAUUUGUCUUCGUAUGUAAUUAUUCUUGGUAUGACAUAAUUACACUCCAUUUCAUACAUUCUAGUUUGCUUUAUUAUUUACGUAGCAAUAAAUGUAAAGAAAAAUAGUGCAUUUAUCAAAAUAUAUCUUAUAAUUACUUUGAUAUUCAAUUGUUACAUUUCAGUUUAUAUCCCAUUACCCUCACCUCUUCAAUUUGAAGCCAUUAUGCACACAUGCACAUAUCAUAGAGUUCUUGCAAUGCAUUCAUAGUAAAAAGAGAUUUAUCUCUGUCUCAGUGAUA